GUGAGGCGGAGCGGGGCCGCGCCGUGCCGGGCCGGACCCAGGCGCUCCGGGGCCGGGCCGCGCUCCCCGCCGCCCCCGCGGUAAGUUCCGCGGCUCCCGGGGCGCGCAGGGCGGCGGAGCGAUGCCGGUACGCCGGGGCCAUGUGGCCCCCCAAAACACCUACCUGGACACGAUCAUCCGCAAAUUUGAAGGGCAAAACCGCAAGUUCCUCAUCGCCAACGCCCAGAUGGAGAACUGCACCAUCAUCUACUGCAACGAUGGCUUCUGCGAGAUGUUCGGCUACUCCCGCGUGGAGGUGAUGCAGCGACCCUGCACCUGCGACUUCCUCACCGGCCCCGACACCACCAAGAGCUCUGUCGCGCAGCUCACCCAGGCCCUGCUCGGCUCCGAGGAGUGCAAGCUCGAGAUCCUCUACUACCGCAAAGACACCUCGUGUUUCCGCUGCCUGGUGGACGUGGUGCCGGUGAAGAACGAGGACGGCGUCGUCAUCAUGUUCAUCCUCAACUUCGAGGACUUGGCACAGCUCAUCGCCAAGAGCGCCAGCCGGAGCCUGCACCAGCGCCUGUCGCAGAGCUUGCGCGGAGAGGCUUCCCACGUCAAACCCAACCCCCCAAACUCCACCUCGGACUCAGACCUCAUGAAAUACCGGACCAUCAGCCAGAUCCCCCAGUUCACGCUCAAUUUUGUGGAGUUCAACCUAGAGAAGCACCGCUCGGGCUCCACCACGGAGAUUGAGAUAAUUGCUCCCCACAAGGUGAUGGAGCGCACCCAGAAUGUCACCGAGAAGGUCACACAGGUGCUGUCCCUGGGCGCUGACGUCCUUCCCGAGUACAAGCUGCAGGCACCACGCAUCCACCGAUGGACCAUCCUGCACUACAGUCCCUUCAAGGCUGUGUGGGACUGGCUCAUCCUUCUGCUGGUCAUCUACACAGCUGUCUUCACCCCCUACUCAGCUGCCUUCCUGCUCAAUGAGGAGCAGGUGGAGGAGAAGCACUGGGACUGCAGCUACUCCUGUGACCCGCUCAACAUCAUUGACCUCAUCGUGGACAUCAUGUUCAUCGUUGACAUUGUCAUCAACUUCCGUACCACCUAUGUCAACAUCAAUGACGAGGUGGUCAGCCACCCCGGCAAGAUCGCCAUCCACUACUUCAAGGGAUGGUUCCUCAUUGACAUGGUCGCUGCCAUCCCCUUUGACCUGCUCAUCUUCCGCUCUGGCUCUGAUGAGACCACCACACUCAUUGGCCUCCUGAAGACCGCCCGACUGCUGCGCCUGGUCCGUGUGGCCCGCAAGCUGGACCGCUACUCUGAGUAUGGAGCAGCCGUGCUCUUCCUGCUCAUGUGUACCUUCGCCCUCAUCGCCCACUGGCUGGCCUGCAUCUGGUACGCCAUCGGCAACGUGGAGCGGCCCUACAUGGAGCACAAGAUUGGCUGGCUGGACAACCUGGGUGACCAGAUCGGCAAGCGCUACAAUGACAGCGACCUCUCCUCUGGCCCAUCCAUCAAGGAUAAAUACGUCACUGCCCUCUACUUCACCUUCAGCAGCCUCACCAGCGUGGGGUUCGGCAACGUCUCACCCAACACCAACUCCGAGAAGAUCUUCUCCAUCUGUGUCAUGCUUAUUGGCUCUCUGAUGUACGCCAGCAUCUUUGGCAAUGUCUCUGCCAUCAUCCAGCGCCUGUACUCAGGCACGGCCCGCUACCACACCCAGAUGCUGCGGGUUAAGGAGUUCAUCCGCUUCCACCAGAUCCCCAACCCCCUGCGUCAGCGCCUGGAGGAGUAUUUCCAGCAUGCCUGGUCCUACACCAACGGCAUUGACAUGAAUGCGGUGCUGAAGGGUUUCCCCGACUGCCUGCAGGCAGACAUCUGCCUCCACCUCAACCGCACGCUGCUCCAGAACUGCAAGGCUUUCCGAGGAGCCAGCAAAGGCUGCCUGCGCGCCCUGGCCAUGAAGUUCAAGACGACUCAUGCGCCACCCGGAGACACCCUGGUGCACUAUGGAGAUGUCCUCACCACACUCUACUUCAUCUCCCGGGGCUCCAUUGAGAUCCUCCGGGAAGACAUUGUGGUGGCCAUCUUAGGGAAGAAUGACAUCUUUGGGGAGCCCAUCAGCCUCUACGCACGCCCAGGGAAGUCCAAUGCUGAUGUGAGGGCCCUGACCUACUGCGACUUGCACAGGAUCCAGCGGGAGGACCUGCUGGAAGUCUUGGACAUGUACCCAGCCUUCUCUGACAACUUCUGGAGCAACUUAGAGAUCACCUUCAACCUGCGAGAUGCAGACAGCGUUCCCCGCUCACCACUCAGCGAGGAGUAUGACUGCACCUACCGGCGGGUGCGCCGACGCAAGCAUUCCCUUUGCCAGCCCAACAAGCCUGACCCAGACACGGGCAUCUCUGAUGCAGAGCAGUAUCACACCUACUCCGAGCUCACCAACCCGCAGGACCCACUGAGUAAGGACCAGUGGGACGACCUGGGCAGCAGCACCACUCCCUGCUCCCAGACCAGCGAUGAUGAGGUCAAGACUAGCAGCCCUAUGAAAGCUGAGCCCUUCCCCACAUCCAAAAAAGAUGACUUUGCUCUGCCCACGCUCAGCCUCGUCACCACCAGCGGCACAGAGGUCAGCAAGCAGGCGGCAGAGAGCAGCCAGUCCUACGCAGCCACCCCCCUGGACAUCCCCAAUAUGUUUACCUUCUGGGAGGACCGAAGGCCGAACCACCACCAGGAGCCUUUGCAACACAUCUCCUUGGUACACAGCUCACGGGACAUCCCCCUGCACAGCGACUACAGACUGGGGCAGAUCGAGACCAGGCUGGAGCUCCUGCAGGCCCAGCUCAGCAGGCUGGAGUCCAGGAUGUCGUCAGACAUUAAUAUAAUCCUCCAGCUCCUGCAGCGCCAGCUGUCCCAAGUGCCACCCGCAUACAGCCCCAUCUCGCCAUCCUCCCAGAACCUGGCCCUGUACGGCAUCCUCCCGCGGAGCCUGGAGCCACUCACCCCCUGCGCACCCCUGGAGGACGCGGCAACGACGACCCCAGAGCAGAGCCCAAGCUACACAGAGGUAGAAAAGUUCCAACUGAAAUCCAGGGACUCCUUGUCAAGCGGGAUGCACCUUGCUGUGGCAUCUGACGAAACCAUGACGGUCUACUCCGAGCAGAAUCACCAUUCCCCGCCUCUCCUGAACGCAGAGCCUCCCCACCAAAGGGCACCAACUACCCAGGGACUCUUCUGGGGCUCUCGUUUCCCUUCCCUCCCUGAGCACUUGGAGGCAUCUUCCGAGCACCAGGACAUUCAGAGACACCUCUCCGACCCAGUGCUUCCUGGAAGUUAGAGAUGUCAGGGCUACGAAGCAAGUCAAGAAGAACCUCAACUGCAAGCUCGGUCAGUUGAUGUUGAUUUUGACUGCAAGGGUAAGAUGGAGGACAAUGCCAUUGGCUCAGGGGUAUAAUUUGUAGCUGUCUUCUGCCACUGUCAAAGGAAGCGUAGAGUGGCUGGCUUCCAAGGUCAACGUUUUCCAGCAGUUCCCAUAGAGUAGAUCUCAUUUGCACAUUAUAGUGGACCCAGAGCAGUUCUUUCUUAUGGCCACCCACAAGCUGGCUAGGCCAAACGGUACCCACCGCCUCUUCCUUGCCAAGGCUUCCUCUCGAGAACGGUGCAAGCCAAACGAGCCACAGUGACUGGAGGAGAGCAAAUCCACAGCUCUUAGCUGCAAGGUCACUUCGCUGUCAGCUCUUUGGAGCAGCAACCAUUGCGCUGGUACUGGGCUUAGCCCAGCAGAGCCUGUGGGCAUUACAGAAAGGGUAGUCACCAGAGGAGGAGGAGGAGGAGGAGAUCUCCACAGUGUGGUACUGGGGGGAGCUGCAGGUGGGAAGCCCAGGACAAGGACAGAGGACAACAGCUAUCCUUGUCCUACUUGACAAGAUGAAAAACUAAGAGCCGACAGCCCCUGCCACUUCAGCAUGCUUCAGCACGAGUCCUAGGGCACUGACUUCUCCAGCAAGGCCGAUCACGCCUUGCAAACCCUAACACGUACCCCACAAUUUCCCAGACACACCAAACUGGUCACCAGCCUGGGCAUAAAGCACAAAACUCAGAAGCACAAUCCCAGAAAGCCAAAAAACCCCAGACACCUCAUUGCCAGCCCUUCCUCCCAGCUUCUCUCUUUUCAUAAAGGUUUGAUAGAUGCUUCCUCCACCCCAGCCCUUUCCCCAGCAGACUCCUGCAGCAUCCCCCGUAGGAGAAGACCACUUAGCACUGCCGCCUUGCCAUUCGGUUAGAUGCUGUGACAGUCCUAGGCCGCCUGCUCAAGUAAUGUAUUGAGCUCCCUUUGAGAGUAGUAAAACUGUGAGCAUCUCUUUCUCUGGAGUUUUAGU